AUGGCAGUAUCAAAAAUUAAAAGAGCCCAAACCAAUAAAAAGAAACAGAAAAUAACUAAAACAGAGCAUAAUGAAACAAUAGAAUACGUCAGCAUCAUAGACAAGUCAUCCAUAAACAACGAAUCAGUACAAAUCAUCUUAAAUGAAAUUGGUGCUGAUUUAAGUGACGUAAUAUCAUCAGAUGCGUGCAUUGAUACCAUGAAAUGUAUUGUAGACCAAUGCAAAGCAACUGAAUUACUUGAAUUAUUCUGCAAAAUCAACUUAGAAUGCAUCUACAAAUUUGCUGGAGCCAAGAAUAUCGAAAAUAUUCUUGCCAAAAUGAAUGAAAUCAACCAGACCAAUUGUACAGACUCAUUCUGCAAUACUGUACUAGAGAAGUUCAACCAAAUUGACAUCAACAACCUGAUCAAUGAUGAAAACAGUUCUCAUGCAUUCAGAAAGCUCCUUACACUUCUCACUGGCAAAAUAAUCUACAAGAAUGACGUGGUUUCUGGAUUCCACCCAGAUAACAAAUUCAUUCUUCAGUUCAAGAAGAGUGUCCUGCUCCAUUACGUGUUUAGGGAGAACUCAAAGGAUACUGUUUGGAUUGGACUGAUGCAUUUCAUUCAGGCAACAAAGAGCCAGAAAUUCAUCAAAAAAAGCAUUGAUUUCAUGAUUGAGAAUGUUAAAGAGAGAAGGAAGAAGAAUGGGACUGAACUAAUCUCUAAUUUCAUGAGAAAUAAGGCAUUCUUCUAUGAGAAAGUGGCCGAGUUAGCAAAUGACUCGAAUAGUGCACUUCUGGUUGAUUUUAUCAAAAAUGACCUAAGAAGCCUACAAAUCAAGCAAAAUUAUCUAGUACAGAAAAUACUAAGGCAUAGUAGAACAAAUCUGAUUGAAUACCUUGAUAUUGAUGAAGACUGGGGGAAUAACGUGUUCAUUGCUGCUAUGAUCAAUCUCCUGAAUACAGGAAAGAGCAACAUGGUUGAACAGUUCAUAGGAAGAAAGGAAGGAGUAGCAAAAGCAGGUGUAUUCUACACAUUCAUCCUAGAAAGAUAUAACAACGAAGUAGAUACGAAAUACGUUGAUUUGGUCUGCAAAAUGCUACAAAACGGCAAUGAUGGUCUCGAGAACACUGGCAGCAACAAGAUAGCAGGGGAUUUCGUGAAAUAUUUCAACAAGAAAAUAAUCAACAGCAAAGCAGGAAAGAAGCUGCUGAUGGCAUUUGCUGAGUCGAAAUGCGACCAGGAGAUCGUGAGCGGCUUCUUUGACCAGAAUAUCGAGUUAUUUUAUGGAAUUGAAAAAUGGGAUAAUCUUCAUAAAUUCAUGCAUAGAGUUGCAGCAGUCACCAGUGGAAAAACGAGAAACAAGGCAUGUGAAAUUCUGAGAAAGUCGAAACCGUAA